AGCGGAAGCCACGCCGGGCUGCACGGGGUCUGCGGAGCUGCUCUCCUCCCGCUCUCCGCCAGCUGAGUCACCGCGGGCCGGGCGAGGACGCGUCCCAGCUGCUCCGAAGCCGCUGCCUCCCGGCCCUGGGGCCUUGGCACCUGACUUUCCCAGCCCGGCACAAAGCUUUUUGCCGUUGCCGUAGCGACAGGUGGCCUGCGAAGACGCCCCUCCCCUUCACUUUUUAUCCCCUUUCUUGCCCAGUUCAUUCUUUGCUUAUUUUAGUGUCAGUCCGGUGACCCCGAAAGUCGAGCUUGAAGGACGCCGGGUCUGUGGCAACAGACUCGUCCUCUGGGCACUGUGCCGAAGGCUGCCUCACGGGCUGCGGCGGCCUCCGCGGUCUCCAUGGUAACGGCCCCGCCGGCGUCACCGCCUCGGGGGAAAGAUGCGGCCUGCGGGGCCCGCCGCCUCGACCCCGGCCUCACGGCGGGGCCGGGGCCACUGAAGAGGAAGGUCCCGGCCGCCGGCCUGCGGGGCAGCGGUCACCAGUGAAAUCCCAUUUUCUGGCUGGAGACACAGAUGGCCUCAAAUGAAAGAGAUGCUAUAUCGUGGUACCAAAAGAAGAUUGGAGCAUAUGAUCAGCAGAUAUGGGAAAAGUCAAUCGAGCAGACUCAGAUUAAGGGCUUCAAAAACAAACCAAAAAAGAUGGGUCACAUAAAGCCAGACUUGAUUGAUGUUGACUUAAUUCGAGGCUCAACAUUUGCCAAAGCCAAACCUGAAAUUCCAUGGACAUCUCUGACCCGGAAGGGGCUUGUUCGAGUUGUAUUUUUCCCAUUGUUCAGCCGUUGGUGGAUUCAGGUUACCUCUUUAAGAAUCUUUGUUUGGCUGCUACUGCUUUACCUCAUGCAAGUGAUAGCACUCGUGUUGUAUUUUAUGAUGCCUAUUGUGAAUGUAAGUGAAGUACUUGGACCCUUGUGCCUUAUGUUACUCAUGGGAACUGUCCACUGUCAAAUUGUGUCAACUCAGCUAACCAGGCCAUCAGGAAAUAAUGGAAAUCGGAGACGAAGAAAAUUACGAAAAACCGUAAAUGGUGAUGGGAGCCGAGAAAAUGGAAAUAACUCCUCUGAUAAAGUCAAAGAAGUAGAAACUGUGGGACCUGUACCCUAUAUUCGUGGUUUUUGGGGGACUCUCUUUGGCAACAGGAUUGAAAGAGUAAAAUUAAUAUGUAACAAAGGGACCAAAACGGACAAUGACUCAAGUAAUCUGCAUCCUGUCAUUAAGAAGAGACAGUGUCGACCAGAUAUUAAAAUGUGGCAAACGACAGAGAAAGCAAAAUUUUCCGAUGAAGAAAAGUGCCGUAGGGAGGCUUUGGAACAGGUGGGUAAUGGGAUGUCAGAUGAGCUGUCGAGUGAGGAAGAUGGUGAAGCCCGGACACAGAUGAUGAUACUGCGUCGUAGCGUGGAAGGGGCCUCUAGUGACAAUGGUUGUGAAGUCAAGAACAGAAAAUCAAUACUCUCAAGGCACAUAAACUCUCAGGUAAAGAAAACCACGACGAACUGGUGUCAUGUUGUGCGGGAUUCAGAUAGUCUGGCCGAAUCAGAAUUUGAAUCAGCAGCCUUCAGUCAGGGCUCUAGAUCUGGUGUGAGUGGAGGUUCUCGAAACCUCAACAUGUUGAGAAGAGACUCAGAAAGCACCCGCCAUGACUCGGAGACCGAGGAUAUGUUAUGGGAUGACCUGCUGCAUGGUCCAGAGUGCAGGUCAUCUGUCACCAGUGACAGUGAGGGGGCCCAUGUGAAUACCCUUCACUCAGGGACCAAACGUGACCCCAAAGAGGAUGUUUUUCAGCAGAAUCAUUUAUUCUGGCUUCAGAACUCAAGUCCUGCCUCUGAUCGAGUUAGUGCAAUAAUCUGGGAAGGAAAUGAGUGCAAAAAGAUGGAUAUGUCUGUGUUGGAAAUAAGUGGCAUCAUUAUGAGCAGGGUUAACGCGUAUCAGCAAGGAGUAGGUUAUCAGAUGCUGGGAAAUGCCGUCACCAUCGGAUUAGCAUUUUUUCCUUUUUUAUAUCGACUUUUCCGUGAGAAGAGCCUUGACCAGCUCAAGUCCAUUUCAGCAGAGGAGAUUGUUGCUCUCUUUUGUGGGGCACCACCUGUUACACCUAUUAUUAUUUUGUCUCUAAUUAAUUUUUUUGAACGAUUGUGUCUUACGUGGAUGUUUUUCUUUAUGAUGUGUGUGGCAGAGAGAACAUAUAAACAGAGGUUUUUAUUUGCAAAACUCUUCAGCCAUAUUACUUCUGCCAGGAAAGCUAGGAAAUAUGAAAUACCUCAUUUCAGACUUAAAAAGGUGGAGAACAUUAAGAUAUGGUUAUCAUUGCGUUCCUUUCUAAAGAGGCGGGGGCCGCAGCGUUCCGUGGAUGUGGUUGUGUCAUCAGUCUUCCUCCUGACCCUUUCGAUUGCUUUCAUUUGUUGUGCCCAGGUUCUCCAAGGACAUAAAACUUUCCUGAAUGAUGCUUAUAAUUGGGAGUUUUUGAUCUGGGAAACAGCUUUACUGCUUUUUUUACUGCGCCUGGCCUCAUUGGGGUCUGAAACCAAUAAGAAAUACAGCAAUGUUUCAAUAUUACUUACUGAACAGAUUAAUUUAUAUCUUAAGAUGGAAAAAAAGCCAAAUAAGAAAGAACAGCUUACCCUAGUAAACAAUGUAUUAAAACUCUCCACCAAAUUGUUGAAAGAACUGGAUACACCAUUUCGACUCUAUGGGCUGACAAUGAAUCCUUUAAUCUACAAUAUCACACGAGUAGUUAUCCUUUCUGCCGUCUCAGGUGUUAUAAGUGAUCUUCUAGGAUUUAAUAUACGACUGUGGAAAAUUAAACCAUAAGCUGAGCCAUGUGCCUGGACUUGCUCCCCUUGCUGGCAUCAACUUACCCAUUAAGAAAAGAUAUGCCCGGAGAAACCAUGAGAUACCCACCUGCUUCUUCAUAUACAGAGGUGCCCUCUACUCAGCCUAAUCUAACGAAUGGUGUUUUCAGAGGAACCAAUCCUUUUCCAGCUGGACGUGUGUGCUGAAAACCUGUAUUUUCAUGAUUCUCAAAUAAUAUGAAUAGUCAGGAGACUAAAGACUGUGUGUUUUGGUAACGCAAGGACAACUGUCUAAGUUAGGAAAUUCAUUCUGGACAUUUCAGUGCUGUGACAGUUAUAUAUAUUUACUGGAAAUAGUCUUUUGGGUAACUAUGGUAGAUGCCCAAGCAUGAAGCAAAUAUGCUUUGUUGGAAAUAUGCAAAUUCAGUACUUUUGUAUUACAGUCUAUAGAAUUGGAGAUUUCAUUUCUCUAGCAAAUGGAGGGGUCAAAUUUAAACUAUUUUAGGUUGAACCCAAAUAAAAUAAUUUUAUUGGAGAAUUUCCGUUUGUAGGCUUUUUUUGUUGUUAUUGGAGGAAAAAGUAACCUUUUAAACUGUGAGUUUCUGUUAAACAAUGGAGAAAAUUUUAAUUAUAAUUUUGAGGUUAACCUAGUAACCAUGUAGAUGUUGGUGAAAGGGUCAUGCAUAAAAUAUGCAAUGUAAUUCAGUGUGAGAAAUUUAAGUAUAUGCAUAUCCAUCCAUCCAUUGCACAACAUGGU